AUGGAUCAAAGUAAUACAAAAGAAGUACACUUAAAUUCAAAAGGAUUAGAUUAGUUUCCUAUAAUUCUUUAAGUACGUUAUUUGAACUUAAGUAACAAUAAUAUAAAGAUGAUUCCUAAUAAAAUAGUUGAGUUAUAAUAAUUGGAGAUAUUAAUAUUGAAUCAUAAUUAUAUAAGUGCUUUUCCAAAGGUUUAGAUGCCAAGAUUACACACUUUAGAAAUUGCAAAUAAUGAAUUAAAAACAACUGACUUUUCAAAUUUGAGUUUAGUGUGUUUGGAUAUUCAACAGAACCAAUUUGAAAUUUAUCAACAUUUAUCUUCUAUUCAAUAAUUAAAUAUGAGUUGGUUUUUAUUGAUUGAUAUGGAUAGUAAGCAAUAAAAUUUGUUAAGAAAUACAAUAGGUUAAUUGUUGAGAAAUCAUAGGGAAUUUAAUUUUACACAUUUUGUAAAUGUAUUUUCAUCAUUUACAAAUACAGUGUUAAUAAAAGCAAUUUAAUAUGAUGAAAGAAGUGUGAUACCUUCUAUUUGUAUAUAUCAUCCAGAAUAUUUGAUGAGAAUGUACCAUCCUUAACCUAUUAUAUUGGCAGGAAAAUUAAAUAUUAAGUAUAUUAUUUUAUGAUAUUUAUAGAAUCUUUAAGAUUUUAUUGGAUCAUAUUGAUCCAUGUUCUAAAUUAAUAAGAUUUGUAUUUUUAUGGGCAUGUAGUAAAUUGGAAGUAGAGAUGGUAGAAUAUAUGAUAGAGAAAUAAAUAUUUGGAGUUUGGGAAGAGAAAAUGCUUGUGAUUAGUUAGAAUGUAGGAACACCUAUGAAAGGUGUUAAUGGAGAUACACCAUUACAUUUUGUAUUGAGAAAACAUUGUAGAAAUUAGAAUGAAUAUGAGAAUUAAUCUAAAUUAAUUCAAAUUUUGAUGAGAUACCAAAAUCCUAAUCAAAAAAAUAGUCAGAAAGUAGCCCCUAUCCAUGAGAUUUUGCAGGUGCCAUCAAUUCGAGUAAGAUCAAGUAUUUUAAACAGAGUUUCUAAUCAUGCAGUGAGGAGUACUUUGAUUACAACAAGAAAAUGGGAAGGCAAAAGGAUUCCUUAAUGCACCAAGCGGCAUCUCUAGGAUACGUCUAGGCAUUGUAAUAUUUAAGUGGUAAGGUCAAUAUCUUUAGUGUGAACAGACAAAAUAAGACUCCUAAGUAAAAGUGUUCACCAUCUGUGCUUAUACUUAAAUAUGCAAGAAAAUUAGAAUUAUAAGAUUUAAUAGCUAAUUUAAUAUUGGUUCAAUAACAUUUAUCAGUUUCUGUAAGAAAUUUUCAUGCAGAUUUUCAUAUUCAAAUAAAUGGAGAAGAUGAUCUAUAUUAAUUAUUCUUUAAAGAUAUGAUACUUUAAGAUAAAUUGAUUGUAGUAAUACUACUAAAUAUGUUAUAAUUCAAAUAACUUUAUAAUUUGAAAUUUACAUCAUAAAGAGUUAUUAAACCAAUAUAAUAUAUCAAUAAUUGUCAACAUAAUUUCAAACCAGAUAUUAAAUAAUUUAAAUCUCUUCUUUCAGAUUAAUUAUCAGCUAAUAAGAGAAUGAUUUAAAAUCCAAUUAAAUAAUAAGAAGUUAUAAUCAAAAAUUCAAUAAAAUCAUCAAGCAUUUGUUUAGAUUAAAUUGAAGAUACAAGUCAUGAUUUAUAUGAUAUAAUGAUACUUUAUUAAAUGAUAGGAAUAAAUGGAGAUUUAUCUAAUAGAACUGUACUUUUAGAUUAUGAAGAUUUCUAGUAAAAAUAAUUUAGAAAAACAUGUUUUCAAUAGAAAAUUAAUAAAAAUUAUUUUACUGGACGUCAAUAAAGUCCAUUACCAGUUAGAUACAAUUAUGAUAACUAUAUCACUUAUAGAAAGAUUAAAUCUAAUAAUAAUUAUGUUAAAGAAGUAAGAGAAUACAGUCAUAGUGCCAAUUAGAUUGAAAGAAGAAGAAUUCUAUGA